GCUUGUCGACAUUUUUGUAUGCACUUGGCAAGAGUGUGGCAGCGCCAUGAAAAGUUUUUUUUGUCAUUCAUUAAUUUUACGAUUUCAACAACACUGUUUCACUUGAAUUAAUAUUUCAAUUUUUUAAUAUCAAUAGGACUUUUUAUAGGCUACCUGUUAUUGAUAUUAUAUUUCCUUAUUCUUGCUUGCAAAUGGCUGAAGAAGCAUGCAAUUCCCUCCUUGAAACUGUUUCUGGUGAAAUAUGAAGAACAUCAAGACUACAUUUAUAAUUUGCCUGUCAAUCUCAAUUGCAUUUGGAAUUGAACCAGCUUUUGGAGUUGAAUAUGGACCUCAAUUCGAAGAACUGGCACCAGUCGAUCCGCCCAAACAGGAAAUUAUCGAGGAGAAGAAUGAGGAUGCACCGACCGAUGUUAUAUCAUUGAGUAACUUCAUUAAAGAAUUCCACCAAAGCCUCUCCAAAGAUCUGUACUCGUUGUACUCAACUGUGAAGAGCAAAAUACCUCCACCAACUACCGAAGAAACGUCUACGGAUGUUAAAAGGAUGGAAACUCCAACAUUUGAGUCGGAUGCAGAUGACAUAGUAACUUUCGCCAGCAACCAUACCAACGGCAGCAGUAACUCAACAGUCGAUAAAGUUGGCGAAACUAAAUCGGCUAGCUCAAAUUCUACUUUGAUAAAUUGCAAUAUUGACAGACAACAGAAUAGUCUUACGGUUGAGUUGGUGAACUCGACAAGGCUGAUGAAUAUGCUGACAACAUUGCCGAAUAUCACCUCGAAAACAACGAAAGCUGAUUGUACAGUGGUGCUUUUCUUCUCUCGCACCUGUCCAUUCAGUUGUAUGGCUGCACCUCAUUUUAAUGCCCUACCACGAGCAUUCCCCUCCAUAAAAAUUGCUGCAAUCAGGGUUACAGCAUAUCAAAGUGUGAAUACUCAUUACGGGAUCAUAGGAGUGCCUACUAUAAUGCUGUUCCAUAACGGGCGGGCUGCUGCCAAAUUCAAUGACACAGAGUACACGCUUGAGAUGUUCUCUAGAUUCAUCACAAAAACAACAGGUGUGAAACCAGAGGAGAAGAUGUUCGUUACGUCAGCUGAUUUUGGCGGACCUGUUCCGUCUGUUAUUGCAAAAGAGAGAGACUACUUGCUGAUACUGAGUUGGAUGGUGAUUGUAGUUGUUCUCGGCUAUUUUGCGCAAAACUCGCGUGCCUUCAUAGCUAUGAUGGAAGCGAUAGAGAAUACGUGGAGAGAGACAGAGGUGCAUCAUCCACAUGUUGAAUGAAUAACAUAUGUAAGAGCUCCAUCACUCAGUCAAAUAUACGAUCAUAAUACUCGUAAUUGGUUCACUCUUUGAUUGAUUCCUAAAGGUAGGCGCACACAGAUCGUCAUCGGACGGACGGCACGCAUCGGACGGAUCGUACUUUUUUCAGUUGCUGCGCACACUAGUCGUCAUCGGACCAUUUGCAUUUUAGUUCAUUGUGUUCAUUACGAUAUGUCGAGUCGUGUGCAAAUUAGGAAUUUAAUAAGCAAAUAUUACAGUAAAAUAACUUCACUUGUAUGGGCUACUUUUGUCAAAAUUAAUAAAAACAAUGUAAAAACUUUUAGUACCCUUUAUUAAAGGGUAUUAUUACUUUAUUUAUUUUAAAGUUUUUCAUAAUGGGUACUACAAGUUUUUAUUAAAUAUUACAGUAUAUAAGUGAUGGAUAGCAGUAGCAAAGAAGAAGUGAUAAUUGUUACUUGUUUGUUAGCCGAAGAUGAAGAAGAGAUCAGCGACGUAGAAAGAGAAAACGAAAAUUGAGGAUCCAUAGAAUUAAUCAG